AUGAACAGACUGCAUCUUCUCGUCCUGGGCCUCCUAUUGGCUGUCAUCACAGACACCUACUGCAUACAAGUCCCUGGGGGACUUGGUCCUCCACAGUUUGCAGGACCAAGAGAAGUGGCUCUUGUAAAAGAAAAUCGAAAUGCCAUCAUUCUAAAGAUGUCGCCAGACAUGCGGGGGCCAUUUGGAACAUUCAAAGCCUUGUCAUUUAGGAAACAGGUCGUUAAGGGAACGAACUAUUUCAUCAAGGUGUAUAUUGCUGGUCGUCGUCCUCGCUUCAUUCACGUCCGAAUCUAUACUGGACUGAACAACCGUAGCAGAGUGGACAGGGUAAAAUCCGUGCACCAAUUUGAGCCCAUCAUGUAUUUCUAG